AUGCCAAACGAAUUCUUGAAUGAAUAUGAGCCUCUGCUCAUCAAAGAAAUCAGAGACACUCCGCGGUUAAAGUUUCCCAACAAAUCGCUUCUGCUGGCUGCCUGCGCUGCUUGUAUUGGAGGAACCUUUCAGUAUGGAUAUAAUGUCUCUGUCAUCAAUGCACCCACAGAGUAUGUGCAAACAUUCAUCAACCAGACGUGGAGGGAGCGUUAUCAAGCUGACAUAUCGGAGCACGUUCUCACCCUCUGCUGGUCCACUAUAGUGUCUAUUUUCACUAUCGGAGGACUGAUAGGAGCAUCCAUAGGCGGCACCCUGUCUGUGAAGCUGGGAAGGAAAGGGACCCUGUUGACCAACAAUAUAUUUGCAUUACUGGCCGCAUUGCUCAUGGGUAUAAGCUACUCUGUGGGAGUUUUUGAGUUACUGAUCAUUGGACGCCUGGUGUGUGGAAUAAAUGCAGGCAUUGGCAUUUGUGUUCAGCCUCUUUAUUUGGGGGAAAUCGCUCCAACAGCGUUACGUGGAGCCAUGGGGAUGUUCACCUCCAUCUUCAUCACUGGCGGGAUCCUGACCGGACAGGUGAUCGGCCUCAGGCAACUCCUGGGAGGAGAGGAGUACUGGCCCAUCCUGCUCUCCACCACAUGCAUCCCAGCCAUCCUGCAGCUGGCGAUCCUGCCCUGGUUCCCAGAGAGCCCCCGCUACCUGCUCAUAGACAAGGGAGAUAAUGAGAGGUGUAAAAAAGCUCUGAAGCAGCUGCACGGCGUGGCUGACUGCGAUGGUGAAUGGGAUGAUAUUGAGAAGGAGAAGAAUAAUUUGCUGGGUUUCGAGGCAAUGAAACCCUGGGAUCUCUUUGCUGAUCGAAGUGUUCGCUGGCAGCUUCUCAGCAUCAUUCUGCUCGGCGCCGCGCAGCAGCUCAAUGGCAUCAACGCUAUUUACUUCUAUGCAGAUUAUGUGUUCAAACGAUCCGGUAUUCCCAGUGAAAAGAUACCAUAUGUCACAGUUGGCACCGGAGCCUGUGAAUGCCUCACUGCUUUAACAUGUGGUAUGCUCAUCGAAUGUCUGGGAAGAAAAAUCCUCAUCACCGGAGGAUACACUCUGAUGAGUAUCUGCUGCAUUUUAUUCACACUGACGCUCACUUUCCAGGACGCCAGCCCCGUUGUUCCAUACUUGAGCAUGGCCUGCGUUUUUGCUUUUAUCCUCAGUUUUGGCUUGGGACCAGGUGGCGUGACGAACAUCCUGACAACUGAGCUGUUUACGCAGAACGCUCGUCCCGCAGCGUACAUGAUCGCGGGGUCGGUCAACUGGUUGAGCUUCUUCUUCGUGGGCCUCGUCUUCCCUUUUAUGGUGAUUGGGCUGCAGCAGUACUGCUUCAUGUUCUUCCUGGUCAUCUGUUUCAUGGUGGCAACAUACAUUUUCUGUGUGAUCCCUGAAACCAAGAACAAAACCUUCCUCGAAAUCCAGACCGAGUUCAAGUCAUCCAGCAACGGGAAGGCCGUCAGUGUGGAUGGAGCAGGAGCGAACCUGCUCUCAACUUCAAUAUGA